GAGGAAUACAAUGCUGUGCCGAGUCCUCCGCCUGGUUGGAGCGAGCUUCACGGGAGCGGACGAGUCUAGGAAGGGAGUACUUCUGGAUGAAGCCAAACUAGCCUAUGGUAUAGAGUCUGAUGGGCCCACUCUGGCCACUGUCAGCGCUGCAUCCCUCUUAGCAGUGUGGGUGUCCCAGUUGAAGCCCCUAUUCGGUAAAUAUAAUCGCUAGAUUUGGAUACCCCAUCAUCUCUCACUCACAUCUUUAACAGCAGAAAAUUUGCUAGGCAAGUGGUUUUGCUUACUGUGUACACAUCGGCAUGUUGCUGAUAGAAUGCUGAUCACAUCAGACAAUGCCUAUGGUUGGUUAAGUUCGUACAAUAGGCGCGAACAACUGAUGAAUGUGCCUCCCCACAAGAUCCACCAACUCCUACUAGAGGUCUGGGCUCUUGCCAGCGACAGAGGGUUCGAGUUGCGGGUUCGCCGCAGCCCUGAAAGGACUCGACCCCCACCGACUGUGUCACCCCGAUGCCGACCGGGGACGCAAUCUACAACCAUCAACGCUCGUACUUCCCCAACAGUGCGGGUGGGCAACAUGGGCGUUGUGCCAUCGGAACAAGUCGACUCUACACCCCCUUCGUCACAUCUCCCAGAGCAAUCGAUGAACUCACGCCCACCAGCCGCGCAGACAUCAUCUCAACUCCCCAUUGAUAGUCCACGGUGUUCCAUGGCUCCUGCCAACAUCGCUGGGAUCACUGCAGCGCCAGCACCUCCGCCACCCGCUGCAGCACUUUCGGAAAUGAGUACGACGUACACGGAAAACCCAUACUCUACCUACCCCCGUGACCCCGACCCACUAAGCAUUGGAGCCGCUCAGCAACUCACGUUUGACCAGAUGAUAAACAUCAACUAUGCGCAGGCCCAGAUGGCCCCUAACACAUGCGUUCAACCGCCUCCGCCCUCAGGUUACCUUGCACAGCCUACCCAAAGUUUGAGCUCGUUCUUCGUGCCGCCGGCACCGGCGAUCCCGUAUCAACAGCGAAUCCGAGCAGUUGUGUAUAACCCUGUGAUGCAAACAUUGAAUGGGCCGCAGUUGAGAGGCUAUCCAAAUGUACCCCAGCUGCCCUUCAACGGUGGUUAGGGUCAUCAGUUAGAACUUGGCAUUGCUAGAUCAUGUCGUUGCUUUUAUUAUGCCCUUGCUCCGUGAAUUUAUGGACGGACUGCUCUUUCGUGUGUAGGCGGACGAGCAAGGACUACACCCUCUUCGUCAUCAUAUACUCCCCGCCUCCGUAGUUUCCUCGACACUAGACUCUUCCUCUUUGCUUCAUCUCGCAUACCCCUUCGCUCUUUUGGAUAGAUUCCUUCACAUACCACGAACACAGACA